UUUCUACCGUUCUUCCUUCUCAAUCAACUUCACCAAAUUUCCAGAGCAUGAUCAUGGAUUUUUUUGACCGGCCCAUUGUUUGUGACAACGGUUCAGGCUCGGUGAAGACUGGGUUUGCUGGUGAUGAUGCUCCAUCUGUAGUUUUCCCCAGCCUUAUCGGCCAACCACGGAACAAACAUGCUAUGGUUGGCAUUGGACAGAAAGAUAUGUACUUAGGAGAUGAAGCACAAGCCAGGCGUGGAGUUCUCAAAUUAAGUUAUCCUAUUAAUCGUGGAAUAGUAAGAGAUUGGGAAGCAAUGGAGAGACUCUGGGAACAUACAUUUGAUAAGGAGCUCAGAGUCACCAUAGAGGAACACCCUGUCCUCUUAACAGAGCCACCAUUAAAUCCCAAAAUUAACAGAGAAAAGAUGGUCGAAAUCAUGUUUGAAGAUGUCGAAAUCAUGUUUGAAUAUUUUGAAAUCCCUGCUACUUAUGUGGCUAUUCAAGCUGUACUAUCCCUCUAUGCUAGCGGUCGAACAACAGGAGUUGUGAUGGAUUCUGGGGAAGGUGUAACACAUGUAGUUCCCAUCUAUGAGGGCUAUGCAUUGUCACACGCCAUCCAAAGGCUUGAACUAGCAGGCAAGGACCUCACAGAAUACCUCAGCAAGAUCCUAACCAAAGAGGGGUACAGUUUCACCACAGGAGCAGAGAGAGAAAUUGUUAGGGACAUAAAAGAGCGGCUUUCAUACGUGGCAUUAGAUUUCGAGAAGGAACUUGCCUUGUCAAGGGAGCCCUCAAGGCUAGACAAACAAUAUGAAUUACCAGAUGGACAAGUCAUAAGUGUUGGAGCGGCACAGUUCAAAUGCCCGGAAGUUCUAUUCGAUCCAAGCAGAACUGGAAUAGAGUCGGGCGGCGUACAUGAGAUAGUUGUGAGAGCAAUCAGGCAGAGUGAUAUGGACGUUAGAAGGGAAAUGUUUGGGAAUUUGGUGCUCAGUGGGGGCACCAGUUUGUUACCCGGCCUAGCUGAUAGGCUGGCCAAAGAGCUCUGCAUUCUUGCACCUCCUGGUGUGAGGGUAAGAGUGAUUGCACCACCAGAAAGGAAGCAUAGUGUUUGGAUUGGUGGCUCCAUUUUGGCUUCCCUCAGCACAUUUCAGCAGAUGUGGAUUACUAAGAAUGAAUACAUGGAGUCCGGUUCUUCUAUUGUGCACAUGAAAUGCUUCUGAGCUAGAGCGUUGUUAAUUUUUUUUAGUUACUCCUUUCUUCACCAUGAUAUUUGUAUAUUUUUAUCCUACAUAAUA